CAGUCAUGAGCAUCCAACAACCCCAAUAAUCAUAAUCCCAAUUAUCAUUUCAUAAUCAUCAGCAAAAUUCAUCAUCGUCUUCCCCCUUACCUUAACAAAACACUACGUGCUAACAACACCAUCACCAUUCACCACAAAAAACAAGCAACGCACGCAGAGAGAAACAAACACAAAAAACAAUAAAAAAACAAAGAAAAAGAAAAAUAAAGAGGAUCUGUUUUCUGGUCUCUGGUACUCGGAGCUAGUUUCCGGGUUCUCAUUUCACCCAACUUCUAGGGUUUCGGCCAUGGCGAUGGCUCAGGGAACGGGAAUAGGGCGUAGCAGCAGCAUGAACAGCAGCAGUAGCAGCAGGGUAAUAGGGGAGUACAUAGUGGGAAGAGAAAUUGGUUCGGGUUCGUUCUCGCGUGUGUGGCAUGGAAGGCACAAGGUUCAUGGCACUGAGGUCGCCAUCAAAGAGAUCGCAACCCAUCGUCUCAAUAACAAGCUCCAUGAUAGCCUCAUGUCCGAGAUUUUCAUCCUCAAGCGAAUUAAGCACCCUAACAUCAUUCGUUUGCACGAUAUCAUUCAGGCUCCUGGUAAGAUACAUCUUGUGUUAGAGUAUUGUAAAGGGGGAGAUCUAUAUUUUUACAUUCAACGCCAUGGAAGGGUACAGGAGGCAACCGCAAAGCAUUUUAUGCAGCAGCUGGCUGAUGGCCUUCAAGUUCUCCGGGACAAUAAUGUAAUUCAUCGAGAUCUAAAACCACAGAACCUCCUUCUGUCAAGAAAUGAUGAAAAGUCAGUGCUGAAGAUUGCUGACUUUGGAUUUGCAAGAUCUCUGCAACCUAGGGGCCUUGCUGAAACCCUGUGUGGUUCACCACUCUACAUGGCUCCAGAAAUCAUGCAACUACAGAAGUAUGAUGCCAAGGCAGAUCUAUGGAGUGUUGGUGCAAUCUUAUUUCAGCUUGUAAUAGGAAGAACACCUUUUACCGGAAACAAUCAAAUACAGUUGCUACAGAACAUUAUGAAAUCAACAGAAUUGGUAUUCCCAUCUGAUUGCCAAAGUCUCAGUUCUGACUGCAAAGAUUUGUGUCAGAAAUUGCUACGCCGAAAUCCAGUGGAACGUCUUACUUUUGAAGAAUUCUUUAACCAUCCAUUCCUUUCUAAGAAGCAACCAGAACGGAUUGAACUGUUGAGGAAUAGAAGUUCGUCAAGGCUGGUAGGUGGAUUUAGUUCAGCAGAAUCUGACCCUUUAAGAAAGACUGAGGAAAAUUAUCAAGAGGAUUGCUUACCAUUCUUUCUAGAUGAUGAUUCUAGUGGUCCUGAGGGGAGUCCUUCCCUUUCAAAGAAGUCUUCAAUCAAGUCUACCAUUGGAUUUGAUCUAAGUACAAAACUAGAUAAACCAGAGCCAGCAUCUCCUGUUGCUAACAACAUAAAUUAUACCUCCAGAUACAGUAGUGUAACACAGAGACCUGAAAGCACGACUAAAAGAUUGGACAACCCUAAAGUAUCAGGAAGAAAUCUCACUGGUCCUUUAGAACCUCUAGAACAAAGAUUUACCGAUUCUCAUUCAAAAGUUACAGAUUCCCUAGAGAAUAUUGAUCAAGAUUAUGUUCUUGUGUCUGGACCCCCUAUUGAUGUGUCCUCAUCUUCAGCGAGUGCUUCAAAGCCAAGCCAUUCCCCAUUUAAGUCAAGCAGUCUUCCUCAAGAGUCUUCAAAAACAAUCACUAGAUUAAGUGCUCCAAUGCCAAUUGUUGGAGUUUCUACCAGUAGCACAUGCCAGAUUGGAAGCUCAGAAAGUCAGGACUCUGCUCCUGGGACAUCACAUGGAUCAAUGGAUACAGGUGAUGAACAGCCGUCAGGUCAUUGCAUGACAAGGAUUAAAUCAUUGCAACAGUGUGCAUCUGCCAUCACAGAAUUAGUUAAUGAAAAGAUGGAGGCAGGAAAGCCGCUAGAAGCAUUUUCUGUUCAGCUUGUAAUUCUUGCCAUUUGGAAGCAAGCACUGCAUAUAUGCCAUACACGAGCUGCCUCAGCUAUGGAAGGUAGUCCAAAUCAAGAAACUUUAAGAUACAGGAGGAGUGCCAGCAAGAAGCAUGGUAGUUCUGAUUCAGAAGAAUGCUUUGACGGAAACACCCAAGGGUCUAAGGAUAUGCUAGCUCAAAUUGAAAGUGAGUUUCUGAAGGAAUUUGAGCAUGCUGAAGAACUUGCCAAAGCCAUUGAACCUGGAAGCACAGAGAUGCCAGAUGCAAUGGAGACAAUUUUUCAAUCUGCCCUUGCUUUUGGGAAACAUGGGGGUGUGGAAGAGCUCAUGGGAGACAUGGAAAGUGCAGCUGCAUUGUAUUCGAAGGCAGUCCGUCUCUUACUCUUCCUACUAGUUGAAGCACCAUCCUUGAUUCUUAAUCCUCCAUUCUCUCCGACCAACUCGGACCGUUACAGGCUACGGAAUUACAUCGAUAUUCUCAAUAACAGGCAAGGCUAUUCGAGAUCGCAGCGGAUGACACUUCUGAAAUGUGAUGACAGUCAAGGCAUCUUCAAAGAAAAGUUUUAGUAAUGGUUUCUUUUUUUCUCCCAUUUCACAUUAUAAAUUAUUAAUUUGUACAGUUAUUCUUUGAUGGAAGGGAGAUUAGGGAUGCUGACUAUGAGUCACAACUAGCACAUAGGCUGUUGUAAAAUUCAUUUGUGAUUAGGAAUUUGAUUAAAUGUGCAAUUGAUUAUGUAUGCUUUCUGCCGCGUUUCCCAUAUGAAUUAUAUCAUGAAUAGCUGAAAUGUUUGAAUUUGCUUCAAAACUGUAUAUAAAUAUUUAAUUUGGCAAUAUUCUAAAUGUGAUCAAUGACUUCAA